AAAGUAAAUGGACUCGUACUCGUCAUCGUCGCCGCCGAUGGGUGCUUCUCCAUCUCCGGAGGCACUGAUGGAACAAAUUCAGGCGCAGCUCGCUGAAGCUUACGCUAAGGAGCUCAUCGAGACCAUGAGAGAAAAAUGCUUUGAUAAAUGCAUAACAAAGCCAGGAUCGAGCCUCAGCAGUGGUGAGAGCAGCUGUGUCUCUAGAUGUGUUGAUCGUUACCUGGAAGCUACUGGUAUCAUCAGCCGUUCUCUUUUCAGUCAACAACGUCAUUGAAUCAUGACAAAACACUAUUGCUCUUGUCGUUUUUUUUUGGGAGUGUUUGUCAUUAAGAAAAAUCAUCAUCAGAUUAUAUUAUUACUACAACAGUAGCGUUGUUAUUGCUGAUGACAUACAUUGUCUGAAAAGGUUGUUUGGGAAUCAAAUAUGAUUUUAUUCUAUAA